AUCAUCAGUUUUAGUAUCAGUCUGACUUUUUCAACAUCAAACAAAGAUAGAUAAACACACACAAAAUGAAGAAUAUACAGAGAAAGCAGCAACGAUCUUCAUCCGUGUUCACUGCGGCGACCUCCUCCGAGCUUCCUCAGUGUUAUAUUUUGUUUCUAGACCUAAAAUUUCGUUUUCGUUAUAAGAGAUGUUCUUUUUGUAUUGAUCUAAUUAGUGAAUAGAGAUUGAUCACAUUUUAAAUUGUAAUGCACGUCUCUUAGAAACUUUUGCUUCGAAUUAGUUUUUUGCUCCUGCAUUUUGGUUGGGAAUGUUACACUUUACUUUCCUAUGAAUUAUUAUAGUGUUUAGUGAAUCUACAGAAAGCCUUCUUCUUCGUCUAUGUACUUGACUACUUUGAAGAAAGUCCGAGCUUCAGAAACAAUGGCUACCUUUCCUAAUCCCAACUCUAAUCCUGGAUUGAAGAAGCUCGACGAGCAUCUUCUUACACGUUAUUACAUUACAGGUCACAAGGCUUCAAAAGAUGAUAUCACCGUCUACGCGGCUCUUUCAAAACCUCCACCAUCGCAGUAUGUGAACGUAUCUCGUUGGUACAACCAUAUCGAGACUCUCUUGGGCAUCUCUGGUAUCUCUUCUCAAGGGAGUGGUGUCAGUUUUGCCACAGAACAUGUGGUUGCUAAUUCUAAUGAUGGUAUGGCUGUGGUGGUUGUUGAUGAUAAUGACCUUGUCGGCGAAGAUGCCGAAAAGGAAAAGAAAACUGCUGAAGAGAGAGCAGCUUCCACAAAGAAUGAAAUAUCUUGGGCGUCGGUUUUAAUAGUCAUCAUACCGACGGAUUGUCAGACCAACAUGAAGAAGCUAGAGGAACGUGUAAGAACUAUUCAAAUGGAAGGACUGAUUUGGGGAGCAUCAAAACUUGUCCAUGUUGGAUAUGGAGUCGAGUUGUUGCGGAUCAUAGCCACCUUGCCUACAAAUGAGGAGAUUGAUGUUUUCGACGUACUCGUCGGUGACUAUAUAUCUUAUUUAGGGCGUUUCGCUGUUGAGACUGCCGGCUUGUAUCAAUAUCUGACUCUUAUCAAGCCAAAUGAUGAGGAAGCCGACAUGAAGAAGCUAGAGGAAACUGUAAGAUCCAUUCAGGUGGCAGGGUUGUUUUGGGGUGCAUCAAAGCUUGUCUCAAUUGAUUAUGGAAUCAAUUUGUUGGGGAUUGAGUGCACAACCGUUGGACACCUUGUUCUUGGACGCCUAGUAGGUUUCAACACCAUUUUCAAAGAGAAAAUAGUGGAUCAUCCGUAUGUCCAGAGCUGUCAAACUCUCAGCUUAAACAGAAUAUGUAACGGAAUCACAGAAGAGGAAUCUGAUUCUAUGGUAUUCUCAAUGGAUAAUGCUGCCGAUGAUGAUGAUGAUGUUAACCUUUUUGGUGAAGAAAGAGCAGCUGGUAACUCAGGGUUAGUGCUUCGAAAGCUGAAAGGUGACAAGCCCGACAUAAAGAAGGUAGAAGAAACUGUAAGAUCCCGUCAUACGGAAGGAGUUGUAUGGGGCACAUCAAAGAUUUACAAUGUUGGCUAUGGAUUCAACUAUUUGCGGACCAUAUUCACCAUUGUUGACGACCAUUUGUGUCUCGAUACUGUCAUUAGAAACACUGGCGGUAUCCCCUUGAACAGAAUAUAGUACCGAGAAAAACCUCCAAGAGGAAGCUUUAUUGGAGAUCUUUUUCUUUUGGAAAAUAUUUUCAAAAUAAAAACAGACCAUUUAAUAAGCUAGAGUAUCAUCACCCUGAUGUAAGGAUUAUAUACAUCUCUGUCAUGAAUUAAUUCAAUAAGU